UGAUUUUCUUUUGAGUACGACGCUGUUACGCUGGGGAUUGGUGCAAGUGCAAAUUCGAUUUUUCAUUUAAAUACGAAAAUCAGUUAGUGUAUUUGUAGUGCGCCAUCAUUAAGCAAUUACAAAAACAAUAACAACAAAAUCAAAUAAAURUUUUUUAAAGAUUUGCAAAAAUUUGCGUGAAGCCAAAAAUAAGUUAGAGCAAAACAAAAAAGUGAUUGGCAAAUAUAACUGUACUAAACGAAAGUACUCCAARAGACUGAAAAUAUUUAACAAAUUUCUAGCAAGUAAAGGUGUCUAUGGUUUAAGCCACAUUGGCGAUUAAUUGGAUUACAAAUCAAGGGAGCCAAAAUGAAUAAGUUGCUCAUAUUCAGUUGUCUCAUUUUGGGCACACAAAUCCAACAAUCAUACCAACAGCAAGACUACACGACACCAGUGCCGAUAUUGAAACAGAUCGAUCGCCACAACGACGAUGGUUCAUAUACAUAUGGCUACGAAGCAGCGGAUAGGAGUUUUAAAAUCGAAACGAAGUACCCGAGCGGCGAGGUAUUUGGCAAAUAUGGCUACUUAGAUGAUCAGGGCAAGUUGCGUGAGAUCGAGUAUGGCGCUAGUAAGCGUGGUUUCGAACCUGCUGGCAGCGACAUUAAUGUGCCACCGCCCACGCUUACCAACAACAAUCCCUAUCCGUUAGGUCCGAACGAAAUCGACGAUGGUCAGUACCGUGAAGAUCCCGCUGUCUACUAUAAGGAUCAAAAGUUCAACCGUCCUGCGGUGGCACCAAGCAGAUUCAGUUUGGAUAAUUUGCAUCAGCCACAAAGACCGCAGUACAAUCCACCUCCACCUCCGCCACAAUACUACAAUCCGCCACCACCACCGCAGCCACGCUAUCAACAAUUAGGAUUCCAACAUCAACCACCGCAAUUCCGACAACCACCACCUCCACCACCGCCUCCACAACCACGUUAUCAGCCACAAUAUCAGCCACAGUAUCAACAGCGCUCAUAUCAGCCGCAACCGCAGUCGCAGUACCCAUAUGGCAGUUUGCCGCAACAUCACCAUCCGGCGCUAAAGAAUCUUGAUAUCUGGAGCGGUUCAUAUAGCAUUGAUUACACGGGYAGACGCAAGUAGAAGGUUGGCAUGCGUACUAAAAUGUGGGUGGUUUGCCCUUGCCGAAAAGUCAUGGUAAAGCUGGUGRUUUUUUUUGUGUAUGCCGUGUCGUGUGAAGUGGAACGAGCUGUGGCGUGAGCGUUGAGAUCGUCAUCAUUAAGACUUGUGCUGAUUUCGUGGAACAACUCAAUCAGUUACUAAGAAUUUUUACAUGUAAAUAUUAUAUGAUUGUAGUACUUUAAUAACGCCUAUUAGUUAGUGAAGGCGAACGAGUCGAAAUAUACGUAUGUAUAUAUAUUUA